AUGUCAACUACUCUACUACAAAGAAAGUCAGUUACUCUACUACAAAGAAAGUCAAUUAUUCUACUACCAAGAAUGUCAACGACUCUACUACAAGAAAGUCAACUACUCUACUACCAAGAAUGUCAACUACUCUACUACAAGAAAGUCAAUUACUCUACUACCAAGAAAGCCAACUACUCUACUACGACGAAAGUUAACUACUCUACUGCCAAGAAAGUUGACUACUCUACUGCCAAGAAAGUCAACUACACAACUACCAAGAAAGUUAACUACUUUACUACCAAGAAAGUCAACUACACUACAACCAAGAAUGUCAACUACUCUAAUACAAGAAAGUCAACUACUCUACUACCAAGAAUGUCAACUACUCUACUACCAAGAAUGUCAACUACUCUACUACCAAGAAUGUCAACUACUCUACUAUCAAUCAACUACACUACUACCAAAAAAGUCAACUAUUCUACUACCAAGAAAGUCAACUUCUCUAUUGCCAAGAAAGUAAUCUACUCUACAGCCAAGAAAGUCAACUACUCUACUACCAAGAAAGUCAACUACUCUACUAUCAAGAACGUCAACUACUCUACUACCAGAAAGUCAACUACUCUACUCCAGAAAGUCAAUUACUUUACUUUCAAGAAAGUCAACUACUCUACUACCAAGAAAGUCAACUACUCUACUACCAAGAAAGUCAACUACUCUACUACCAAGAAAGUCAACUACUCUACUACCAAGAAAGUCAACUACUCUACUACCAAGAAAAUUAACUACUCUACUACCAAGAAAAUUAACUACACUACUACCAUGAAAGUCAACUACUCUACUACCAAGAAAGUCAACUACUCUACUACCAUGAAAGUCAACUACUCUACUACCAUGAAAGUCAACUACUCUACUUGCAAGAAAGUCAAUUAUUUUACUUUCAAGAAAGUCAACUACUCUACUACCAAGAAAGUCAACUACUCUACUACCAAGAAAGUCAACUACUCUACUAUCAAGAACGUCAACUACUCUACUACCAAGAAAGUCAACUACUCUACUACCAUGAAAAUUAACUACUCUACUACCAAGAAAGUCAACUACUCUACUACCAAGAAAGUCAAUUACUUUACUACUCUAAUAAAUGAUGUUUGGUACGUAAAAAGGAAUCUUUACUCAUAA